AUGAAGGUCUCCAAUAUCGUCACUUAUAGUGUCGUUCUCUUGGCACAGCUGGCCGAUUCCAUCCCAGCUGAUGUCCUAGACGAGAGAAAGUUAGGCACAGGAGAUGCACUGGAAGCCCGAGGCGGAAAUAACGCUGCCAACCAGAACGGGAACCAAGUCAACAACGGCGCACAAACCGGCAACAACGGCAACAACGGUGUCAAGGCCAACGGUGCUAAAGCCGCAAAGAAACGCGCUGGUGGUAAAAAUGGCAAAGCUGCCAGCAAAGCCAGGAACAGGAAUAACGCAAGCCAAUCUUGCCAGGGUGGUGCAGCUGCAAAUCGAGUAACGAACAACGCAACCGGUAAAAGAGGCAGGAGACGAGGCAAGAAGAGGGGAAAGGGUCGUAGAACACGAGCACGGGGGAAGGGAAGGCGUCGUAACAGAAAGAACAGGAAGUCCAGAAGGAACGGGAAGAACAGAAAGAACAGAAAGAACAGGAACAGGGGCCGGGACCUUGAAAGUGAUGCUGGCAUCACGAUACGUGAGGACAUUGGCAACAGCCCAAGCCGCAGGAGUCUUGUUGAUACCCCUGGAGACUUUUUGGAGCGUCGGGAGAGAAGCGUUGGUUAUGAUUUUGAUCUUGUUGCGAGAUUCCUGGAGGAGCGUGGCGAUGAUUACGUUGUUGUGCGGAGGGAUACCGGCGAGGUUCUUUCGGCAAGAUCUGAUGACGAGAUUGCAGGCAGUGCUCUGGAAGAGCGUGAUGAAGGGGACGAUGGUCCAUCUGCGGCUGGUAAUGUCUUCGAGGCUAGGGAUGUUGAUGACUCUGGCGAUCUUGAAGCUCGAGAUGAAGAUGCUGCUGCUUUUGCUGCGGCCGAUGCGGCAGAGCAGAAGGAAGAUGCGGCAUUGGAAGCGGCCCAAGCUGCAGGAGGCUUGAGAAAAAGACGUGUGGAUGAUGUGAUGAACCUGGAGGCUUACAAACGAGAGAAUGAAGGUUCUGAUGACGACUCUCUUGUUAGCCGCGUGGUAACAAAUGUUGGUCAGGUGGGAAACGAACAUGGACAAGUGGCAGCUCGUCAAGAGAUUGCCUUCUAA